AUGGCCUUGGAGCUCAUGCAGGAAUCCUCCAUUCGGAACAACCCAGGGAGCCGACUGACUCCCGUACAAGAAGCCGUAGUCAUCCUGGUAGCCGUUACAGCGGAAGAGAUGCUGUACCGUGCCGUACUGCUGACCCUGCUUGGCCUCUGGCUCCGAGACCGGGCUUACGAAGGGGGUGCGGAAGAGGUGUUGACGCUGCAGCUGCAGCUGCUGCUGGGCGGUUAUGGCGGUGGCGGCGGCACUUGGGAGUUGGACACCGCUGCAGCGGCGCAGUGGGCGGCUCUCGGAGUGGGUCUGGCGCUGGGGGCGACGGUGUUCGCGGCCAAGGCUUGGCAGGAAACCCGUCUGGCUGAGCGGCUACGUGCGGUGCAGGCGGCCCAGGCAGAGGAGGCCGCCAAGGAGCUCCGUAAGCAGCGGCUGCUGGGACAAGUGCACAUGACGGAGGCGCAGCUGCUGGAGGAGCGGGAGAAGGUGGCCCGGCUGCAGGCCGCCCAAGCCAGUCUGGUUGCCUCAAUAGGAGUCCAGGGGGCGCUGGUGUGGAUGAUGGAGGGCGGCAGGGAGGUGUACCAGGUGGCCGCAUCGGGCGCGUCCUUUUUGUUGACUGGCAACUUGGCGGCUCCACUGGCAGGUAGCCUGGCUGCCCAGCUGCUGGUGUCCGCAUAUCAGAGGUUGGGCCUGCGAAGAACGGUGCAGCGCCGUGCCAAGGUGCUGGAGGCCCGGAGGCGAGCGGCACUCGAGAAGCGGCAAGAACAGCAGCAGGCGACAACGACUACAGCUGUUUCAGAAACGCCAGAUGCUGCUGCUGCGGCGGUGUCGGCCAUAGCUGUGGAGCGGCCAGCCGGCGAGGUGGCAGACCAACCGGCGGCAGAAGCGGUGGUUGGGCGGGCGGGGUUAGGGCCGUCGCCGGGCGGGAGUUCGACUGUUGAGGGGCCAGAGGUAACAGAGGUGACAGAGGAACGCGUGGAGGCAAAUGUCACCGCAGGCGGCGGAGCUGAGGGCUUACAUACAUACACGCUCAACACGGCUAAGUACAAGCGCGCCCGUGCCAUAAUUUUCUAG